GCCGUUGCUAGGUCCCAAGCCCUAGACGAGAAAGGAGGAGGGUUGUGCGCUGGGCUAGCAACUCGCCACGUAAAAAAUAUCUCGCUACAGAAACACCAACAACUUCAGAAAACUAUCAACACCUGGGUGAAACGCUGAGGGCAGAGACACUAGCAUCUCAUAUGACGAGCAGGAGUCAAAGCCGAAAGGAAACGUCUGCCCCGACAACGUCCUUAGCAUCACCCAAACAGCUGCUCAAGUUAGCGGCAUGGAACGUUCGUACCAUGUACGAGACAGGAAAGUGUGCCCAGGUGGUAGCAGAAAUGCAACGGUACGGAAUAUGUAUCCUCGGUGUAAGUGAAAUGAGAUGGACUGACUCGGGUAUGAUAACAAUCAACUCUGGAGAGACAAUUUGCUAUUCUGGUCGUGUGGAUGGUUUACACCAGGAGGGAGUGGGUCUGAUACUAAACAAAGAAGCGAAGAAAAGUAUGCUGGAAUGGGAACCAAUAAACAGCCGCCUGAUACGAGCACGGUUCUACUCCAAGUUUGUAAAAACAACUGUCAUCCAAUGUUAUGCCCCAACUGAACGUGAUUCUGAUGAAGUCAAGAACAACUUCUAUACCAACUUACAAGAUCAAAUAGACAAAACACCACAGCAUGAUAUUCUCAUUGUGAUGGGGGACUUUAAUGCCAAGGUUGGUGCUGAUAACAUCGGAUAUGAAACCUGCAUGGGUUGUGAAGGACUUGGCGACCGAAAUGACAAUGGUCGACGUUUUUCUGACUUAUGCCUGGAAAAUGGACUGGUUAUUAGAGGUACAGUGUUCCAACAUAAGGACAUACACAAGUCAACCUGGCUUUCGCCAGAUGGCAGGACCAGCAACCAGAUUGACCAUAUCGCCAUCAGCAGGAAAUGGAGAAGAUCCAUGACAGAUGUAAGAGCCAUCAGGGGUGCAGACGCAGGCAGUGACCACAACCUUGUGCUAUGUAAGCUACAACUGAAAUUGAGGAGUAGCGGAAAAAAGAAUAAGCAACAGCUAUUUGACUCCAACAAACUUAAGGACCUGAAUGUGAAAACCCAGUUCAACUUGACACUGAAAAACCGAUUUGACAUCCUAGAAAGCACGCCAGCGGAUGACAUCAACUCCCUAUGCACAAAGAUCCAAAACAUCUAUCUGGAUACCAGCCAGGAGGUUCUAGGCUACAAGAAACGAGACAGAAAAGAAUGGAUCUCCACUGACACUUGGAACCUUAUAAGGGAGAGGAAGGUCAUUAAGCAACAGAUGCUAACAGGAAGUCCCGAAGAGAGAUCAAGGGCAGCAGAAGCUUACUCUGAGAAGAACAAAGCUGUUAAGAAGAGUGCAAGACAGGACAAAAGAGACUACACUAACAGUCUAGCAGUGGAAGCCCAGCAUGCUGCAGAAAAGGGUGACUCCAGAACAGUCUACAAAAUCACAAAGACCCUUACUGGAGGAUUUACCAACAGUUCCACCAUUGUGAAAGAUAAGAAUGGAAAUGCUCUAACGAAGAAUGAAGAACAACUAGAAAGAUGGGCUGAGCACUUCGAAGAAAUCCUUAACAGGCCAGACCCGGAGGAGGAAGCUGCUGUUGAAGACAUGGGAUUCCAUAUAGAGAUGAAGCGUGGCAGUAUCACCCAGCACGAAAUCAUAGAGGCCAUCAAGCAGACGAAAGGAAACAAAGCUCCCGGGGAAGACAAAAUCACUUCAGACAUGUUGAAAGCUGACCCCCGAGAGAGUGCAUAG